AGUUUUCAGACAACAUUAUUUAUUUAAUCUAUUUUAUUUGCUCUUAAAAACAUUGAUUAAUGGUUGUCUUUAAGCUAUCCAAUGCCGAUUGGUUUGAUUUCAUCUAUUAAGCUUUUACGACUCAAAUUCGUUUAGCUAAUAAACUUAAAUUGGCUGUCAAAUAAAAAUUAUAACCAGCAUACAUUUUCCUUCAUCCGAGAACAAGAGUGUUAAAAUUGUGUAUUUUUCGAGUAACGAUUUGGGAACAGCAAAAUUCACGUGAAUGUUGAGGAUCAUUCGGAGCAGAUGUGCCGGCCAAUCGGUGCGUUUUUUGGCCAGCUACGGCUCGAGAUUCACGUACCAGAGGCACCCGAUGGGGCAUCCCCGCAUCGAGAACUACUACCAGGUGCUCAACGUGCCGGUGGGCUCCAGCGAGCGCGAGAUCAAGCGGGCCUUCAUCGAGCUGUCCAAGAAGUACCAUCCGGAUGCGAAUAGCCAGCAGCGCGACUCGGAGGUCUUCAUGCGGAUCUGCGAGGCGUAUCAGACCCUCCAUCGCCACAAUUCGCGGCAGGUGUACGACUCCCGGCUGCGGAUGCAGAACCAGACCCAAUCCGCUCCAGAAACCUCCUUCACGGGCCGGCAUGUCUAUACGGUUUGGUCGCAGUAUCAGUCCGCCGUGCGAAACAAGCAGAUGGGCCGGGGAUCCCGGCGAUUUGCGGCCAUUAAGCCAGUUGUCUUCAAAGGAAAGGCGGCCAGCAAGUGGCUGCCGAUGCGAACGACCUUGGCCGACCUCCAGCGGGCGGGAUGUAAGGGAUCCUGGCAGGACGAGGAGUACUCCUUCCCCAACAGUCCUGUUUUCUACCUAUACGCCUCCGGAUUCUGUCUGGUGGUCGGACUGGUUCUGGUGGACGUGUUGAACCGAUUGCGACCACAGCCUCAGCCUCAGCCAGAGGAAGACCUCGAGUCCUGAAAGUACGAAAAGAUCCUGGGACCUCAACAGUCAUAGAUAUCCAAACACCCAUCCACCUGCCUCACAUUGUUUUUCUGUCGAAUCAGCGACAACUCAUGCAUAUGCAUAGGACAUUGCCUUUGUUGUACGCCCUGGUCUCGUUUGAAAGAAAAAUAUAUAAAUCUGUUCGUUAA